GCUACCUGCUAAUGCCAACUUUCUCGUCGAAUGGAAUAAAAUUUUAGAGUAUCGGUGAUUAAAUCAUGUGCUAUUUUUCUCCUGUUCCUGUCCCACACACAAUAGACUUUUGUCCAUUUCUGGGUCAAUGAAGAAAUCCAUCUGAAACUCCUCCGCUUGGGCACUUCUCCUCCACUGGGUCACUUCUUUGAUUGCUACAGAUCCAUAUUCACACUGGUCUUUUAACUGAGCUCCGCGCGCACACAACCAUGAAAGACCCCCUCAGGAAUCCAAAAAUCAGGAGAAAAGGUAAGAGAAAAACCAUGGGAGAGGGAGUGGCAGAAGAAGAAAUCAGGGAUGUUUCUGGGUGCUGGAGAGGCCCGAAUAGUUUUAUACCCCAUUUGUUCAGUAGCCGAUGGUACAUGGUGUUCGCAACCAUCCUAAUCAUGGCCAUGUCUGGAGCUACUUACAUGUUUGGCAUCUAUUCGGAGGACAUCAAAUCUUCGCUAGGCUAUGACCAGACAACCUUAAACUUGAUCGGCUUCUUCAAGGACUUGGGUGCAAAUUUGGGAAUCAUUUCGGGGCUGGUCAACGAGGUCGCACCUCCCUGGUUAGUUCUCUCCUUGGGUGCAGUCAUGAACUUUUCUGGUUACCUGAUGAUAUGGCUGUCGGUAACCGGGCGCAUUGCUAGGCCGGCCGUGUGGCACAUGUGUUUCUAUAUAUUCAUCGGUGCCAAUUCUCAAACUUUUUCCAACACCGUUGCAUUGGUUUCGUGUGUCAAAAAUUUUCCAGAAAGUCGAGGUGUUGUCAUCGGUCUGUUGAAGGGAUUUGUUGGGCUUAGCGGUGCAAUAAUCACACAACUCUACCGUGCUUUUUACGGGCAUGAUUCCAAGUCUCUCAUCUUACUCAUCGGCUGGCUUCCUGCUGCUGUUUCGCUCAUUUUCCUUAGAACUGUUCGCAUCAUGAGGGUCGUUCGACAAGCAACUGAGCUCAACAUGUUCUACCGUUUCCUCUACGUUUCGCUCAUUCUAGCCGGUUUUCUAAUGAUCACAAUCAUUGCCCAAAACUGGCUGGCUUUUACUAGGUUAGAGUACGGGGCAAGUGCUUCUGUGGUGAUUGUUUUGCUUUCUUUGCACUUGCUCGUUGUCAUAACAGAGGAGUUCAAACUUUGGAAGAGAAAGAGGGGAGAAACCUCAUAUGAUCCACCACCGGCGAGUGAGUUUGCACCCCAGGCAGCCAAAGCAGAGACGCCUCUCGCCGAUCCACCGAAUCAAGAAGAGACGCCCGUUUCUUGCUUCGGCAAGGUGUUCAGGCCACCGGAAAGGGGAGAAGAUCACACAAUCCUGCAAGCGGUGUGCACCAUCGAUAUGUUAAUUCUGUUCGCGGCUACAACAUUCGGGGUGGGCGGGACGUUAACGGCAAUUGAUAAUUUGGGUCAAAUUGGCAAAUCCUUGGGCUAUCCCAAGAAGAGCAUUACCACAUUCGUAUCACUAGUAAGCAUAUGGUCCUAUUUAGGACGCGUGGCCUCCGGCUUUGCUUCCGAAAUCCUACUGGCCAAGUAUAAGUUUCCACGUCCCCUGAUGCUAACGCUGGUGCUUCUCGUCUCCUGCGCCGGCCAUCUCCUCAUUGCUUUCGGCGUCCCAUAUUCUCUUUACGUCUCAUCCUUGAUUGCUGGCUUUUGCUUCGGAGCUCAGUGGCCACUAAUUUUCGCUAUCAUAUCAGAAUUAUUUGGCCUAAAGUACUACUCCACGCUGAUUAAUUUAGGUGCUGGAGCCAGUCCGUUUGGUAAUUACAUACUCAAUGUUCAAAUAGCAGGCCAUUUUUACGACAGGGAGGCGUUGAAGCAAAUGGCAGCCAAAGAAGUCACCAGGAGAGCCGGGGAAGACUUGACGUGCGACGGGGUAGAAUGCUACAAGCUAUCUUUUCUCAUAAUUACUGCGACCACGUUGUUUGGAUGUGUUGUUUCUUUAGUCUUGUAUUUAAGGACCAGAAAUUUCUACAAAGGCGAUAUAUACAAGAAAUUCAAAGAGCAAGGUCAAGUGAAAGAUCCUGAGAUAAACUCGGUUACAAUCGCACCACUUUUGCCAGCCGCCAGGUGAUUAAUUUUGUAGCGGUGUAUUUAGACUCGUCUCCCCACCCCUCCUCUGUAAUACUAUCUAUCUGAUAUAUAACCCUUGAUAAGCUGAUCCGUGGGGGUAGAAACAAGAAAUCUCGCAUUUAAAUGCUGUCUGAAGCCCGCCAAGCAUUAUAGUAACAGAUGCUGACGGAACGGAUGAGCACGAGAGCAGAUGCUUGAAUAAUGCUCUGAGGGAUUAGGUCACCUGUCUACAAAAUGUAAAAUGCUGCAUUUAUCCUGCCAUGCAUUGCGUAAUAGCAGAUAUAUUAACAGAUAAAAUAGCUGUUGUAAAAUGAAUUCUAUCAAAAGAUACUCUCGAAUUUCACUUUUGAUC